UGUCAUACGACUCGAGUCGAGAAAAAAUAAUACUGUUUUAUUAUUAUGAUAACUGUCCGUGCAUAACUAACUAAAGAGUCGAGCCGCUCUAUACUUAAAUGUUUUACAAAGUUGAAUACAACGAGAACUCCUGCGCGGCAUUAUGGAAUAUCGAAUUGUUUUUACUGCAUAUAAUUGGCCUCAAGUCAGUUAAAAAAGCGUUUGACGAUGAUAAGUAUCAGAGAGCUUGGAUCCAAGAAAUAGUUAUAAUUAUUGUAAAUAUUACUGUUUUUCUUGUUGGCAUUUAUUCGUGCUCAGUAACGCUCGGUAUUGUUGGUUAUGAAGACAUUAGUGUUGCAGCUGAAACCGUUGCAUUGAUAUUGUCAACUACUAUGUGCAUGUUGAAGGGCGUAGUAUUGACUCUUAGCCAUCGUCAGCUAUUCGAUGUCCUUCGUGAGCUACACAUACUGUGGAAAGAAGCUAAAACACGCAAGAAUUUAGGUCUUCGGAUAGGUGAAAUCAUAAAUAGUUCAAAGCCAGUCCGUUAUUGGUACGCAUCCGCAGCAAUGUCAGUUGGUCUAAGCUACAUGUUACGCCCAUAUUUUAAAUUGUUGGUACAUUUUAUGAAGAAUAAUAAUUCUACAUUCGACUACUCAACGACAUCGUAUGCUGUCGAGUAUCCAUUUCCUCACAACUCAUUUUUAACUUACACUUUUUGUAUUAUCUUCGAGCAAUGGGAAAGUUAUUGGGGUUGUCUUUACUCCGCUUCUUGUGAUACUAUUUUCAUCCAACUUUCCACUCAUAUUUGUAUACAUCUAUUGGUACUGUCUAGUGACUACAGUAUGGAGUUUCCGAAUGAUGAAAACAAAUACGCAUAUUACAAUACUGAGCUAGUUAUCAGCUUAACUAAAAGACAUCGUCAUAUUUUAGAGUUAUGCAACCAAGUGGAAAGAUUAUUUAAUCCCAUUAUCUUCUGUACGAUAUUAUUCAACGGAUUAGAUCUUUGCUGCUGCAUUUUUGCGGUAGACCAAGAAAUAUCACAAGGCCAGUGGCCGAAAUUUGCAAGGAGCGUCGCUCAUGCAAUUACAUUAAUGAUACAAAUAGUCAUUUACUGCGAUUACGCUCAUCGAGUCACUGAAAUGACAAAAAUGAUAGCAAUGUCAAUUUAUAACUCUCCAUGGAUCGACAGCGAUAAAAAUGUCCAAAAAUUAUUGAUGAUAAGCAUGAUGCGGGCUAAUGAGGAGUACAAAUUUUCAGCCUAUGGGAUCUUAGUUCUCGAUCGUGAACAAAUGACAAGAAUUUUCAAAACGACCGGAAGCUAUGUAACAUUACUGAGAAGCUUUUCAUAAUUUAUAGAUAAUGUAUUUUAGAAUUAAUAUUAUGAGAUUAGUUGUAGUUUAUGAUUAUUGAAGAAUAUUAAAGAAAGUUGUAAGUCUA